CGUUUAUGGUGAAAACUUUAAUGGCAUUGUCAUUAGUCUGUGUAUAUGGUAGUGGUGGAUGCAGCUGAUAAUAGAUUUUAUAUGAUGGUGCAAAUUUGGAAUUUUGAUGGUCAAUCAUUUGCUGAAUUCGUAGUUGUGCUUAAUGCAGCUGAAAAUUACUGGUAGGUAUUAAUUGACAACUGAUAAGAGUUAGUAUGAAGUUUCAAGCAAAAAAGACAUGCUUUAGUGUAAUCAAAUUAUUGUGGAAAGUUUUGCAUGUAUGAAGUAUUAUAUUAGUCAAAACUUCCAUAAAAGAAUAAGUCAAGUGUUAUUAUUUUCAAGUUCACAAAUAUGGCCUACCAUUGAAGGCUUUGCUUGGGAUAUGCUUAUAGUUUUCUCCGGUUUGUUUUAUUUAUAAUUUCAGAGUAACACUGCACUGGCCAUGGAAUUUUUUUGCAAUUUGAUGUCUAAUUGUUCAAUUUGAUGGAUUUGGAUGAGAUGGCUAUUUCUUAAGUUCGCAUAUUCUUUCAUGAUGGCUAUUAGGUCAAAUAAGACCAUUGAUUCAUUUCACAUCCUUUUCUUAAGUGACUUCUGUUAACAUUAUGGAAUAUGGAUGGCAUCAGUGUUUAACUUGAUUGUUAUUAUGUCACAUACUUUGUAUUGUCUCACACUUGACAUUGUGCUUUCGAAAAAUCAAUGGAGGAGCUUCUGUAAGCUUCCGAUAGGCUUCUAAGUAUGUCGAAGCAUUGAUCUUAACACUUAAGCCGGUAGUUGAUGCAUGACAAUUUCUGAAACUCUACGCGCGCGAUUGCAUGGCUUUGGUUGUGUUAUUAUCAACCAGCAAAGGAUGCCUCACUUAAGAAUUGAGACUUAAAAGUUUAUAUUUUGUAGUAAUUGAUAUGAUAUCCGCCUUCUGUUGUAUAGAAUAUGAAUAAAGAACUUGUUGCUUCUAAGACUUAACUGAGAUCUUCUGCAGUAAAGGCAUCAUUCCUUUAGGAACAGGGAAAGGGAAAUUGAAGAUCAUAACAAUCUAGUUAUUUCUAAUCCAACAGCUCAGGUGUAUAAAGCUUAAGUUGCAUCACUCAGUUUCUUGCAUUUUUGUACGCUGAAGCUAAAGGACUUACAAAUCCAUUUUUUUGAGCCCUUCAUCUAAUCGCACAAAUGAAAUGCCUAUAUCAUUAAUGUGAGUUCACAAAUUACUUAAAUGAGAAUUUGGAUAGGUAUGUACCAUGAGCCCUGAGGUUUUCUCUGAUCGACAAGCUCAUGUAGCCUCUCUUUCUGCAGCCUAUAUGGAGAACAAACAUGGACUGGUACAACUUGGAGAAAUCAAAACGAGUGAAAGCUUUCCGAUGUGGGGAGUUUGAUGACUGCAUUGAAAGGGCUGAAGCUGCUCAGGGUAUGCCUCCAAAGAAAAGAGAGAAAUAUGCACGGAGAGAAGAUGCAAUAUUGCAUGCUCUUGAAUUGGAGAGACAACUGAUGGAGAAGAAAUAUGGAAAAUCAGGAAAUUCGUCUAAUGGCAGAAGAAAAUCGCCGGAUGCGGUUACUUCUUCAGAAAGGUUGGGAAACGGCGCAGGAAAUCAAAUAGACUCCAGAUCUGACCAGCUACCUGAGAUGCUUGGUUUAGCUGUUGUAGAAAAGAAUGGGACAGACCAGCAUCCAUGCGAAGAGACGGUUAAGGAGGUAAGUCAACCUAGCGGUGAUGAUGAUAGUGCUGGCGCACUACCUCGAAUGAGAGGGUUGCAGGACUUAGGUCUCCGGACUACUCCACCGAUGAGAGAGGAGCAUUCUGGAGUUGCAAUAUCUCGGGUGAAGAGGAGUAGAAAUGCUUAUUUGACAUAUGAUUCUGGGGAUUGUUCCAAUGAUAAUCAAAAUCUAACCACCCAGAUGGAAAUACCAGUUUCAAAGUUUGACGAAAGCAGCUAUCAAGCUGAUGCUGGGGAAGACCACAUUUCUGGGUCUACAGAGGAUACUGAAACAGAUUGUUCAGAAACUGAUUCUGUGGAGUCGGAUUCCGAUGAAGAAAUGGCUGCUCUAUCUGAUGGUGCGGGUUCUAUAGAAUUACAACCGAAAUAUCCAAGGAGUAUUGAAACACAUGAAGACCAUGGAAGCAUUAGUAGUAGUGAUGACUUUGAUGAAUUGACAUAUGCCGAUGGCUUGCCUCAUCAUUUACCCCAUGGCUACAUGUCAAAUAGCGUGGAGGUUUCCAAGUGGCGACUCAAAAGGAAAAGAAAUAACCGCAACGUUGGGAAAAAGUAUCCUGACAGAACUGAUGCUGAGCUUCCCAAAGGAUAUGCAAACAGCAGAAACUCCAACUGGAGCAGUGGUGGUGGUUUCAAGGCUGAUCCAAUCGAUAAAAGUUUAAGGAACCAUGCAUCCGGAUAUGGAUCGACAGGACUACACAGUUCUCAUGAGACCGCUGAUUUGGAUGGCUUUGCUUGGAAUAAUCAGUCAAUCACCAGAGGAUAUUGGGAGGAUUCACAAGAAUAUGUAGAUCCUUUCUUUGUUGGGAGGCAUCCUUUUGGUGGUCGGGCCAUGCUGAUAGACGUGGAUUUGGAAGUCCAGGCCAACAACUAUCGACGAGAUGUCCCAAUGAUCUCGCUGAUGAGCAAGCUAAAUGGUCACGCUAUUAUAGGCCACCCUAUCCAGAUCGAAGCUCUUGAAAGUGAUUUGUCCGAGAACCAUGUCUCUACAACUGAUUAUUUUCACCCCGAACCUCUGGAGACUCCUGCACUUCCUUCAGCAUGGAGGACCGGUCGGAGGACAGCAAAUUCCCGUGUCCCCCGCCCUUUCCUGAACGGUGAGAGCAAGCAGCACUCUCUAUUCAUCAACCAAGACACUCGCCUAAAGGGGAGUAUGACGCAGAGGAGCUUCCCCCAGUAUCCAAUCGACAGGAAGUUCUCAAGAAACUCUCCCAAGAAGAGCAGCCCGUCGGCCAACCAAAAGAUACGGAGCCUUUCAUCGAUUGCAUCAGACGAGCAGCAUCAGAGCGAUCCCAGAAACGACACGAGCAGUUUUCAAGUGGGCGGGAUGAUCAAAACCGGGAAUCUGCCCACGACAGUUGCUUGCAUACCAGUUAACUUGGUAUUCAGUAGGUUACAUGAGGAGUUGGUUGGUCGGCAUCAGUAAUAAUAUGGAUUAUUGUAGAUGUUGAUUGUUUACUAGUUUCAUGUAAAUUUUAGGCAAUAAUUUUAUAUAAUAACUACACCUGUUGUCACAUUUUGUUGUGAAAAAUACUGAUUUGAUUCUUGAUUUUCUGACAAAUUUGGUGCAGCA